AUGAAGAAGUUCUUGGUUCUAUUCAUUUUUAUUGCUGUUUGGAGUCAACAAUCAUUAGCAGAUCAAAGAAAAGAAUAUUGUGAUUCUGUUUCGCGUCCCAUAAAAUGUCCCGGAACUUCAAAAUAUCGACAAAUAAGCGGCAGAUGCAAUAACUUACAAAAUCCUUACUUUGGUGCUGCAAACACAAGACUUAUUCGUUUUAUGAAACAUCGAUAUGCAGAUGGUGUUUCAGCACCUCCAAAAUCAGUUACUGGAGCAGACUUGCCAAGUGCUAGAUUGAUAUCACUUGAAGUUUUCAAUGACACGGAUAUCCCAAAUGAUAAAUAUUCACAAGCUUUUAUGCAGUUCGUACAACUUGUUGCUCAUGACAUUUCAAAUGUCUUAAAAGUUCGAAAACAACGAGGGUGUUGCAGAAGUGACGGACAACUUGUUUCUAAUCCUGACUCUAGUUGCUUUUACAUACCCGUACCUGAAAAUGAUGAGAUUCAUAAAGGAAUGAAAUGCUUAGACUUUAUGAGAUCAACAACUGAUGAUGACAUGAAAUGUGGAAAUAAUCCAAAAGGUCCUGUUGAGCAAAUAAAUUCAGCAACAGCUAGUAUGGAUUUAUCGCAUGUUUAUGGAGUCAACAGAGAACAACUUUCGAGGCAACGUUUAUUUAGAAAUGGGCAGCUAGCAAUGGAAACUCGAUCAAAUUCAACUUGGCCAUUACAUGAACCAAACACCAGAAGUGUUUGCUUUUCAAGAAAUUCUCGAGAGACGUGCUACAUGAGUGGUGAUUCAAGAAUCAACAUGGUUCCAACACUUUCAAUUCUACAAAUUUUAUUUGUUCGAGAACACAACCGUAUUGCAUUGGAACUGCUUAAAAUAAAUCCUCAAUGGUCGGAUGAGAUUCUAUUUCAGGAAGCACGACGCAUUAACAUUGCUCAGUUCCAAAAUAUUGCCUAUUAUGGAUGGUUCUAUUCUAUCGUUGGUGAGGAAAACAUGAAAUCACUCGGAUUUUUUUAUCAACCGACUGGAAGUGAAUAUGCGAAUGACUAUGAUGAGACUGUAAACCCAAGCAUAUACAAUGAAUUUUCUGGUGGUGUAUUCAGGUUGCUACAUACAACAAUCGAUGGGCACUUAAGAAAAGUAUCCGAAUCUGGAUCAUUUGAAGGAAUAAUCAGAAUGUCUGACUUUUACCAUCGUCCAAGGAUCAUCGAAGAAAAUGGAAACUAUGACAGCUUAAUGCGAGGAUUGCUGUCUCAACCAGCUGAAUUUUACGAUAACAGCUACGACCCAGAAAUUCGUUCGUAUUUAUUCAAAUUUCAAAGAGAAUAUGGAAGUGAUUUGAAGGCUUUGGAUAUCCAAAGAGGUAGAGAUCAUGGACUUGCUAGUUAUAAUGAUUUGAGGAGUUUCUGUGAUCUUCCGAGAGCUACAAAGUGGGAGGAUCUUGCAGAUCAUAUAGAACUGGCUGAUAUUGAAAAUUUGAAGAAAGUGUAUGCACAUGUCGAUGAUGUUGAAUUGAACGUUGGAUCAUCCCUUGAAAAGCCAUUCGGAUCUGGAAUCACCAUUGGAAUAACUUACGUUUGCUUGCUUAAAAUCCAAGUAUCAGCCUUUCGCACAGCUGAUCGCUAUUGGUUUGAAACUAGUAAUCCUACAGUUAGAUUCACACCGAAUCAGUUGGCAGAGAUAAGAAAGUCUAGCUUCUCGAGAAUUGUUUGUGACAACACUCAAAGCAUCUUUAGUGUCCCUAAAAACCCAUUUUUUGUAUCUAGUGAUGAGAAUACUUUUAUAAAGUGCUCUGAUGUUCCAAGAGUUGACUUGUCGUUGUUUAAGGAAUAGUUGAGGAAAUAAAGUUGAAUAAUUAAGUUUGUUGCAUAACUUUCAGGAGUUUUUGAAU